AUGGACCACCAUUGUCCAUGGACUGUCAACUGUGUAUCUCACUUCACCCUCCCUCAUUUCAUGCGGUUUCUCUGGUAUGCUGUCUUUGCUAUGGGAUAUCUUGAAUAUUUCCUGUUCGUCCGAGCUGGCGUCGUCUGGGAGGACCGCAAUCUGCCUAGUUAUCUAGGUCCUUCCGCUCCCAAGCUAGUCCAUCUCUUGCUUUUGAUCAUUGUCAACACACUGACACUCUUCCUCGUCUCGAUCACCUUCUUUCGCACCAUCUGGGGCCUUGGGGCCAAUGUUACCACGAUCGAGAGCUGGGAGAUCGAGCGCCACGAACAGCUGCUUCGUCGAGCUCGCGCUCUUGGAGGAUACCUAGAUGGUCCUGAUGGCAUUCGAGUCAAAAUCGUCAAGCAAGAAUUUCCCUACGAUAUAGGCAUAUGGAGCAAUAUUGUUCAAGGGAUGGGGACAGCAAACGUGCUGGCCUGGUUCUGGCCAUUCUCCGCGACUCCAACGACGAGUGGGUUAGUCUUCGAAACCAAUGGCUUCGAGGACCCUGGCACAACUUGGCCGCCACCAGAUCCCGACCGAAUGCCCCGACUUGAUCGGCCGCUUGACUCCGCCCACAAUGCAUUUGUUCAUAACCACAGCAAUCUCUCAUCAUACGAUGAGAUGGAGGCGUUCAGACAGCGACAGCAGGCUGACUUUGAACGGCGUGCGGAUUUCUACGGGGUUCAACGACGAAAACCAUUCCACGACCGUUUCGAAGAGGAGAAUCUCGUGCCGGUCGAAGACGACUAUAUCGAUCCGGACGAAGAUGAUUCUCUCAGCGGGGAGGAAGGAUGGCAAGAUUCUGGAGGAAAUCGACUGAAAGACUACGGGGUCGACGAAGAUGUCGAGUUCUACGAUGAGGACAGCAUCCCCAUUGCAGAGCUGUUGAGCCGACGGAGAGAAGGGCGGCAAGGCCAGACCUGA